CCCGUCGGGCCGCAGUCGCACGCCGCCAGCGCGCACAGCUCGGCCCGGAGCCGCCGCGCGCACUUGUUCCCUCUGCAGCGCGAGCCAGUGAGAAACCAGGUCAGGACAGCAUGACGGGAGUCCAUCAGACCUGCGAGGCGCCAGUGGGGAAGCUUUAAAACGACCCAAAGCAAAGAGAGAGAGAGAGAGAGAGAGAAAGAAAAUGAUCAUGGCGAGCGAGGAUCUGCUGGUGACGCUCCAGAUCCUGCCCGGCUUCUUCUCCAACUGUCUGUUCCUCGCGCUGCACGACUCGGUGGUGCUGGUGAAGCGCGCCGUGUCGCUGCUGAGCUGCUCGCGCUCCGCCGGCUGCGGAGAGUGGCGCCGCAUGCUGACCUCCGCGGGGCUGCGCUCCAUCUGGAACAGCUUCCUCCUGGACGCCUACAAGCAGGUGAAACUCGGCUGCGAGGCGCCGAACUCCAAAGUGGUGAAGGUGCCCGACGGCCCCCGGCGGAGCAGCGUCGUCAGCAGCGUGCCCAACGUGCCCCGCGACGCCCGGACGCCCAACGCGGAGGACGAGUGCCGCCUCCUGGAUUUCGAGUCGUCAGACCGCCCCCUGGUGGUGAACUUCGGCUCGGCCACCUGACCCCCCUUCAUCAGCCACCUGCCAGCGUUCCGGCAGCUCGUGGAGGACUUCAGCGACGUGGCCGAUUUCCUGCUGGUGUACAUUGACGAGGCCCACCCGUCCGACGGCUGGGUGGCCCCGCCCAUGGGCUCGUGCUCCUUCAGCUUCAGGAAGCACCAGAACCUGGAGGAGAGGCUGGGGGCGGCGCGCAAGCUCAUCGAGCACUUCUCCCUGCCGCCGCAGUGUCAGCUGGUGGCCGACUGCAUGGACAACAACGCCAACGUGGCGUACGGCGUGUCCAACGAACGGGUGUGCAUAGUGCAGCAACGGAAGAUCGCCUAUCUUGGCGGUAAGGGGCCUUUUUUCUACAACCUGAAGGAUGUGCGCCAGUGGCUCGAACAGAGCUACGGCAAACGGUAGGAGGAGUCGCCAAGUACAGAAGAGG